CAUCCCAAUGUGGCAAGACCCUUCUGAAAAAAAAUGUCUUGAGAAUCAAUGGGUCACCCCUGGAUAAUCGUGCAAUGUUAUAAAUGUUACACGGAGUAGAGCGGUGGUGCAUUGGUUAGCGCACCGUGCUGCGAACCGAGCCACCCGAUCUCGAUUCCCAGGCGGGGCUAACAUAUGAGAGGCGAGUGAUGUCAGGACCGGUCCAUCCCCCACCUUCACCAACCCCCGCACUCACCAGCGGUGCUGAAGUAUGGUGAACAAACCUCCACACGACCGACAUUGGGUGGGGCGAGAGCGAGGCCCUCGUCCAUCGGUGGAUUGCGACUUUAUUGAUAUACAUUGUCGGGAGUUUGACACGUGGAUAUGCGUCACACAACUCGACGUCUGCGCGUGAUAAGUGGCAGCCAAGGGAUGGAACGCGUCCGAGAGGACGUAAAGCAGGGAGAUGGAGCAGUGAAAUCGAUCCGUGUGUAGGUGCUAAGUGGUGCAUUCCAUUGCCGCACGGUCAGAGGCGUUCGGAGCGAGGAGGCCUUCAUCCAGCAGCGGAUUGAUCAUGGCUUGCUGAUGAUCACGAUGGUGGUGGUGCCUCGGUGCGGCUCAAUGAGCGCGGUGACAUCAUAAUGCUCGGCUCAGCGCAGUCUGCAGAUCCUCCCCGGCUCGCUGAUGGCGAUGUCUCCCUCCUCCUCCGCCUGCUUCUGCUCGACCGCAUCCCUCUGCUCAGCCACGAGCGCUCCGCGUUAAGCAUCGACGGUGACGACAAAGGCAACGGAAUCUGAAGGGCGCGAAGCGGCCGUGCGGACAGCGGAGCUGGUGGGAGAGAAGGAGGCUGCUCCUGCUAACAACGUGAAAUGGGGAUGUGGCAGCGCUGCUGCUGCUGCUGCUUGUGAUGUGGCGAGAGAGAGAACGCGCGAUUUCGUGUAGAUGGACGCAACGGGCAACAGCAGACAUGGCAGCCGAGUCAUUGCUGCGUUUUGGGCUAUGGUAACGCCAAAGCAGGCAGGCCGCGCGUUAGUUCACCUACAACACACGUGAACUCGUGGUUACGUCCUCGGCAUCAUUGUUAUUGCUGCUGUUGCAUUGCACAUGGAGGUGGGGAGGGAGAGGAUGUGGGGCUGGCGGACAUGGUGACCCGUGCUGUGCGGAGGAGCCCCUGCGUGUAGCAAACAUCCUCAUCAUCAUCCUCACCAUCCUCACCAUCAUCAUCACCAUCCUCACCAUCAUCAUCACCAUCAUCCUCCUCCCUGCGGCUGCGGCUGAGCCGUGUGCGUGACACGGUGGGACGUGCAAGGCAGCCCACGGCACUCUCUCUUCAUCCUCUCCGUCUACAGCAUUCACAUCCAGCCGAGGAGGAAUCGACAGCGGAGGAGGGGGAGCGGAGGGUUCACACCACACGUCUCUACGCACGUGCCGCUCAAAAAGUGGACAUAGGAGGGCAGCUUCAAGGAUUCACACGCUGCUGAGUUAUCCUUCGGCAGUGGCCACUGGCGAGCUCUGAAAGAAAGGCAAUGGAAGGCAGCGGGGCCGUGAGUGGGGCGUUCAGCUCAGACCUGGUUGUCUCACUUGAGGCAGCACCGCAGGUCAUCGACGGAGGGCAUCAGCAUGAAGACAAAGUGGGUCGUGGGGACUUUGGUUCGCCCCUUCUGAUGAAGUCUCAAGACCUUCAAAAUGUGUUCGAGCUUGGGCUGGGCAGACGCUUUGACAGCUUUAUUUCGACAAAUGAAAACCCGUCGGAAUAUUUGGGCCUGGAUUUCGAUGGAUUUGCCGCCACCACAAAUCAACAAUCCGCAGAACUCUCAGUUGAGCAGUUGGUGAGCGGGAAAUAUGACGCCGACCUGUUGGGACUCGACCUCGAUAACGUCAUGCCAAGCAAAAGCGCUCCGAGCCAAAACCCAGACAACUUUUGGGGCCUCAUAUCCCAGAAGGAUUCAGACUCAAUGUUCGGCCCUAAGGAUUCGGACUCAACGUUCAGCCCAAAGGAUUCGGACUCAACAUUCAGCCCAAAUGGCCCAGAUCCCUGGGUCAUGAGCACGAAUGCUGAACUGUCCGCUGUGAGCCUCGAGCAAGCAUCACAUGACCUCCUAGGUCUGAGCCUGAUUGAGUCCGCGGAGGUCGCCUCAGAUUUCUCUGUCCUGGCUGGGACACAACCCUCACUUGGCCUGGAGUUUGACUUCCUCCCACACGACGAGAGCGUCACGGAUGCACCACCCUUUCACGAGUUUGGCACAGGAGGCGGCCAGGCCAGGCCGGAGAAUGCCAUGGAUUUGAGCGGGGAGGACCUCACCGUGGUGAGCCAGCUGAGCGAGCUGACCAACACCGACUUGCCCGCCAUGUCUGCCUUCACCGCGAGUGACGACUUGCUCUCGUCCAGCAGCCUGGGCCUGGACGACGAGUUGGAAAUGGCGCCCGGCAGCCCAGACCGCUCCGCCACUCGACCCCCAUCGGACUUGGGCUUUGACAUCCUCCCCCUCGACGGUGCCGCGGCGGCGGAAGGGAAGGCUCAUGCAGGCUUGGAGUUUGGCGAAAGCAACCGCAACAACAACAACAGCAGCGGCGGCAGCACGGGAGAAGUUGAGCCCAAGGAGGACAGUAGAGAUGCGAUAGCAUGCAGAGCAACAUCAAGCGACCUUCUGGGUCUGAGCAAUGAAGUGGUUAUGCAGAAUAACUUGGAUGAUGAGCCAACGAACACAGGUCUGCACACGAUGCCUGUCGCUGCCUUGAGUGAUGAUGCGCUUCUAUCAAAGCUCCCGGUCUCGGACGAUUUCUUUGAUGCGAUUCUCACCCAGUCCAGUCCCUUGCCAGGUAUAGAUUUAGUGAGUACUCUACCUGAUGAGGGCGAAGUAGAGGAGUUUCCUUUUCCCGACGUGGAGUGGAAGAAUGAUGAUGGCCUUGUGGAAAUAGCCACCUUGGAAGGGAGCAGUGGAUAUGAAAUCAUUGACGGAGACGAGUUGGAGUGUGUCGGUAACGAGCUUAUGAACGAUGGCUUUGCCAUGCAGUCUGCAGCCUCAGUCAUGAAUGACGAUAUGCCCUUGGGGAGUGGCCUAGACCUGAACGCGUCUUCUGAUGGACCGCUCGUUGAACCCAGCCCCUUCUGGGCUCUGGGUUUUGACGGUGGUCUGCACGGUGGGGAAGCCGCGCAGGAGCCGCCAUCUGCCGAUGCCGAGCAGCCGGAGGCACGAGCCGUUGUUCCAGCAGCUGACACAGAGGGCGGUGACGGCGGCGAGGGGAUCGCGGGCAGAGCCGGCUGGGAUGAGGCUCCGGUUCCGAGUGUAGCGCCCGCGGGGAAAGCGAACGUGAAUGACGACGAGGAUGACGACGAGGAGUCCACUGCCGCCGCAUCCACUGCUGUCGAUGCAGCUAGUGGCAACUGGCCCACGCGGAGCGACGCGGACUGGGAUGAGUCUCCUCACGCGAACCCUCUCGAUGGCAGCACGUCAUUCAGCGUGGACCGCGAUACAGCCCCUCGCGACGACGACGCGCCCGAUGGUACGCCACCUCCUCCCGAUGCUGACGACGUAGAAGCGGCCGAGGAGGAGGUGGAGGUGGGAGACGAUGAUGUAGCUGGCUCUCAUUCCGCUGCAGAUUCGAGCAAAGGGAAGGCGCCAAACGAGAGCGUGAAUAGCGAACUGACAAUAGCAGGAUGGGCACUGUGGGAAUCCACCGACAACACAAACGAUGGCGCCUCAUUGCUGACAAGUGGCUUUGGCCCGGAAUUUUCUGACGUGAUGCCAGCCCCACCCGGCUGGUCAUUCAGCUCGGAUACUGACGGCACGCCCUUGCCGGGGCAACUGACUCCCAUCGAGGAGGACGAUGGCGAUGACGAGGAGGAGGAGGCCGUAGAAACGGAGGAUGGCGAUGGCAGCGUCACGGACGUAGCCCGGUCGCGUCACGCCCCGGGCGAGAGUGGAGAGGCGCCAACGGAGGGGAAUGCUAACGGAGGGCCCUUGCACGGCGGGCCGGCCGCAGGACUUCUCGCUGCCGAGGUGUUGUCCAGUGUUGUCGAGCCAGACAGGGCCAUGGGCGUGACACCCGGCCAGUGCAGGGAGUCUCCCAACAUGGACAUCGCCCCUUGUGAUGCAGAGUCAGCAGAGCUGCUGCCCCUUCCUCAAGAGGAAGACCGUGCCUCGCAGGAGUUGUCCUUUCCCAUCGAGGAGUUGGUGGAGGAGGCAGUGGAGGAGGUGGAGGUGGUGGAGGAGGAGGAAGAAGAGGAGGAGGAUCGGAAGAACGAUGGUAAUGAAGUCGCGCAAGCGUCUGUCUCGGAGGAGGAGACAGUCAGUCGUGGUGACAGUGAGGCCGAGCCCGGGGAUCUCGCAUGGGUGUCGGCAAAUGGCGCGGGCCCUCAAGCCGGCCCCGUGGAGGGGAGGCCGCUGUGUGCGCUCCCGUCGAGUGGCCCGGCAGACCCGGAGCCGCCCUUUCCUGGCUCGGAUGAGGCGGAGGAGGAUGAGGAGGGGGACGACGAGGACGACGAGGAGGGGGAGGAUGACGUUGCGGAAGCAGACGGCUCUGAGGAGGUAUCGGACGCAAGCGGUGAGGGCCUCGCGUGUGCGAUGGAGACCGGUGCCACGUCGAGCCCCGAGCCGGCGGGAGUGGGUGGCGAUGACGCCGCGCUGUCGUCCAGCGGCCUGGGCGAGCUGGAGCUGUCCUCGCUCGGCGCCAUCUCCCCCGUGGCGGCCGGCAGCACGUCCGGGGUGAGCAGUGGCGAGGACCGGGAGAGCGGAUUCAGCAGCCCCUGCCUGCCCGAGCGCUGGAAGGGCACCCCCCAGCGCUCAGUGUCCCAUGCGGGGCCCAGCGAGGAGGAGCACUUUGAGGACUACGGCGAAGGCGACGAGAGCGACUUCGUGUCCGAGCCACACAGCGAGCGCCAGGGCGGCGCCUUCCUGGAUGCGCCUGCCGGCUCCGUGCCCACCAGCCCGUCGGAGCGCUCGCAGCGCCGCUGGCUGGGCCUCUUCCCGCCCAGCCCGGGCCUGGCACUCUACUGCAGCCAGUGCAGCCGCCGCGUGGACCUCCUGCGCCAGCUCGACGCGCGCCUACGCCACCUCGAGGCGCACAGCCCCAAUCGGAGGAUAUCUACGAAUGCAUUUGCCAGGCAGCUGCUGAACCACAGCUCGCUGAGCAGCGCGGCGGGCAGCACAGAGGACCUCUACACGGAGAGCCUGGACCUGGGCGGCCCCGACAUCGGGGAGAAGGUGAGCAUACUGGAGAAGAAGGUGCUGGAGCUGGAGAAUGACACGGUGGCCAACUGCGACCUGCAGAGCAAGCUCAAGCAGGAGAACCUGCACCUAGUGCACAGGAUCCACGAGCUGGAGGAGCAGCUCAAGGACACCGAGGUGCGUGGCGAGGAGCGGCUGGAGGAGGAUGCACGGCGUCACCGCGAGCAGACGACACGGCUCGCUCGCGAGAAGAAUGCCCAGAUGGAGACGCUCGCCAACAGGCUGCUCCUGGUGGAGGAGGAAAACGAGGCGUUUCAGACCACGGUGCCGCGACUGAAGACGCAGAUAGAGAAACUUGAAGAGGAGAAGACACGUCUGGAGGAGCGUCUGGAGGACCUCGUGCUGCGCGUGAAGGACGAGAUGGACUUGAGCAAGAAGCUCUCGGACAAGAUGAAGCGCGACCGGCACGAGUUCCAGAAGGAGAGGGAAGCCACGCAGGAGCUGAUCGAGGACCUUCGGCGUGAGCUGGAGCACCUGCAGCUCUUCCGCCUGGAGAUGGAGCGUGGCGGGCGAGGGCGCAGCGCCUCCUCGGGCCUGCAGGAGUACAACACGCGCACGCGCGAGGCCGAGCUCGAACAGGAAGUGCGCAGGGUCAAGAUGGAAAACCGCAAGCUGAAGGAGUCUAACGAUGAGCUUAACGGGCAGAUCAUCAGCCUGAGCCUCCAGGAGGCCAAGAACCUCUUCUCGGCCGCCACCAAGUCUCAUUCGCUCGCCGCCGAGAUUGACUCGGCCUCACGGGACGAGCUGAUGGUCGCUUUCAAAGAGCUGGAGGACAUCAACGCGCACCUGCGACAAUACAUGGACAAGAUCAUCCUGGCCAUCCUGGACCACAACCCCUCCAUCCUGGAGAUAAAGUCGUAGCCCAGCGGGGGCGGGCGGCAACCGCCAGGCACCCACGUGCCCCGGACGGAGCGAUGCCCGCGCAUGGGCCAGGGAAAGUUUUGAUUGUAGUGGCACUCACGAUCUCUUCUGCGAUCCCGUAGGCGGCUGCGGUGCAAUAAAUUUCGCCACCUAAAUUCACGAGAGCGGAGAGAAGGCGUAGUGUUUGCUUUGGUGCGACACUGCGGGUAGAGGCCUCCACAGUCGGGACGUGACUUUAUUCCCAGUGCUUUGGCCUCUCCGUAUGGGACCGCAAAUUCACAAAAUCUUUCCUGGAUUGUGCCAUCUGGACAUAUUGAAAAGACCGCUAUUUAAAAUGAAAAUUUAUUUGGUCUGACAAAUGAUUAAUUUAUUAAAUUGAUUGUGGCUUGUUGGGUGUAAUAGGGGUGGGGGGAGCACGUGAGCAUGAUUGUGCGUGGUUUUCUCAAAGAAAUAGUCAAAAAUGUGUGUUACGUUUUGCUGAAGGCGAUGGCUCGGCACGGUAAUGGGGGGCCUCGCGAGGGCACAUUCACUGCACGCCCACCAGCUGUUGCCGCAUCAUCAACCCGUUUUACAAAACCCGACUCCUGAAAUUAGAUUUUGAUUCGGCUAUUUAUCCCCAAUGUAACAGCUCGGGCCAACGUUCAGAAAUUCAGUGGAGCCGUAUCUCGUAAGGCACUUUAUUAUUUUGCACUCCGCCCCCCAACCCCCCCUCCGUCAGUGUCUGUGAGAGUUCCCAGGCCACCCCUCUUGCUUUGCUGUUCGUCUCUGUGCCCCGGUUUCGGUAAAAAAACUUGGCUUGGUGCAGCUCUCACAGCUGCUGCGGCGAGAACGGGAGAUGGGGGACCUCUGCUUUAUUUAAAAUCAAUGUCGGCGGUGACAUGGGGCCUCUCUUCUCGUGGUAGCCCAUCUGCCUGCUCGUUACAGAGGUCCGCGGUUCGAAUCCAGCUCCCCCCCCCCACUCCUUGAUUAAUACUGCGGUGUGGUAUUAACUAUAAAAAUACGCGCUGCCUGCGUCAUGGUGACCGUUAAAGAUCCCGUGGUGUCAUUCGCAAGAGUGGACCCAUCGUGUUCCGGCGGCGAGGGCCAAAUUUGCCAAAAAGUAAAAAAAAAUACCCACAAAUUACGACUCGGUUGGAAUAUAUAUAUACACGGCGAUCAUCGCACCAAACGGCAAAAAUAUGGGCAGGACCCUCCUAAAUUAAGAGGCAAGUCUCAGUGAGGCUUUCCUGGGUUAAAUAAGCAUUGUAUGAGAGACAAUAAAUACAUGUCUGAUGUUGCCAC